UGCCCGCCCCGGGAGCCGGGUGCCGCUGCCGCCGCCGCUCGCCCGCUUCCCCUCGCCCCGGGGGAAAGGUCAGCAGCGUCCUGGAGCCGCCGUGCCACUCCCCGACAGCCAUGAACUGCAGCGAGAGCCAGCGGCUGCGCACCCUCCUCAGCCGCCUGCUGCUCGAGCUGCACCACCGGGGCAACGCCAGCGGCCUGGGCGCCGGCCCCGGCCCGAGCAUGGGCAUGGGGGUCGUGCCCGACCCGUUCGUGGGCCGCGAGGCGACCAGCGCCAAGGGCGACGACGCCUAUCUCUACAUCCUGCUCAUCAUGAUCUUCUACGCCUGCCUGGCCGGAGGCCUCAUCCUGGCCUACACCCGCUCCCGCAAGCUCGUCGAGGCCAAGGACGAGCCGGCCCAGGCCUGCGCGGCGCACGAGUGGGCCGCCGCCGACGCCGAGACUGCCGCCGGCUCGCCGGCCCAGGGCCGCCGCCAGCUCGCCCCCGGGGCGCCGCCCGCCCCGGCCCCGGGCACCGAGCGGGUCUAG